UACAACGUCUUGUCUGUUAUGGUGUAAAAAUACACACUCACUGCUGGACUACAUAUUGACAUAUGGCGUGUGACUGAACUGGACAUAUAGGGAUUAGUCAUUGAUUAAUUGACAGGGACUAAUUAAGCUUCUGACUGCGGAAUGCCUCUUAAGGUGUUGGUAGUUUGUAGAGUUCUGGUGUAGGAAUGUCAUAAACGGUGUUAUAUGGAGGGAAGGAGGAAGGAUGGGUCAGAUGAAGUCUCAAUCUCUAGCUCCCAGGUGGAGAACAGCAAAAGUUCAGCUCCCCUCAGGCAGAACAGCUCACAUAAAUCCACCACCUCUAGUAAAAAGGCCCGUAAAGCUCGGAAGCCUCGGCACACAGAUUGGGAGAUUCUAGAGGGACUGAAAGAUGGGGUGAGGUGUGACAAGAAACCAGAUAAGUUCAGUGGUUUUCUGAUGAAGCGGCGCCGAUGGCCACUCAAGGGCUGGCAUAAGAGAUAUUUCUUGGUUGAGAAAGGAAUAGUGUACUAUGCCAAGUCCCCAGCAGAUAUACAGAAAGGAAAAUAUCAUGGUGUUAUUGACACAGGGCUGGCUGUGGUCUCUUACAAAAAGCCUCGGCGGAUUGAUAUUGAUGCUGAAGAUAUUGUCUACCAUCUCAAAAUGAAAGACAAGAAAAUGUUUGAUGAAUGGCUGAACGUGUUCCGACAUCACAGGUUGUACAGGCAGCACGAGAUUGCGUAUGGUACCAACGAGUCACCAAAAUUAACUGGUAUAACCUCCCCAGUGGAGGAUUUGACCAGUCCAUUUUCUCCAGGUAUAGGUUUGCCAGAGGCUCUGAAGAGGGAGACACAACGUAUGGGCUCCAAUGACAUGAUCCCUGUAAUGAGAAAAUCAAGCUUUAAGAGUCAAAGUUCCUCCCAAGGACGAGUGGCAACAUGGCUGCUGGACACGGCGGGAUUUGAGCACUGUAAUAAAGAAAUGAAGAAUACUCAGAAACUUUUGUGUGAGCUCAGAGAGGACUUGGAUCAGAUAAAAAAUCUUCCAUUGACUUCAGAUCAAGAGGUUAAAGAAACUGAAAAUGUGGAUAAGAAGAAAAUGAAGGCCCAGGGACUGAAGAGUUCCAGGAAAAGAGAUAAAAAGAGUGAUACUUCAGUCAACUACGAUGCCAGUCCUACCACAGCCACAUCCCCAUCUCCCAGUAUAGGGGAGGUACAAAUGAGGAGCAGCAGCUCUAACCCUAACCUGCUACAGUACGCCCAUGACCACUCCAACAGACCACGAAGUGUACCAGAUCAUGUCACAAUGGCCGCGGCACAUGAACAACAAAUCAAGGAGAUCAAACUGAGAGAGGACUUCUGUACAAAGGCUGAAAGAGCUCACAAGAAUCUGAAAUCAUUACUACACACAAUGACAACAGAGAGGGAAAGGUUAAAGAAUGCCUUAGAAAUGGACAGUGAUCUGGCCUUACCCUCCAGUGCGGUGGUACUACUGAAGCAAAAUCUGCAUGAGGCUCUAAGGCAGAAUGCUGAUCUUAAAGCCAGACUGAGCAGGAUUCAUGCAGAUUCUUUAAUUCCUUCUUACCCUGACCUCAAACAAACACCUUCCUCACCAAUACUCUCUCCUAAUGAGAACAGAGAUCACCUUGACCUGACCAAGUCGUCUUCUUUUGACACCUGCUCCAUGUCCGAGUACUAUGAUGCAGAGGAAGAGAACCGAGAAUCUGUGUCCGAGUCCUCCUCAGAGAGGUCAGAUGAAGAGGAUUUGUCCAGUGAGGAAAAUGACACAGAAUAUAAUGCAGCCCAGAGUGUAUCAGAAGAUCAGUUGUCUGUAUCCUUUGAGACGGGUCGACGAUCCAAACUUCCUGUCCCUAAGCCUGAUGCAGGAGACAUCAGUUUGUGGAAUAUCCUGUACAAAAACAUUGGGAAGGAUCUCACCAAAAUAUCAAUGCCAGUCACUCUAAAUGAGCCACUGAGUAUGCUGCAGAGGUUGUGUGAGGAGAUGGAGUACAGUGAACUGCUGGAUAGGGCUACAGAAAAGGAUGAUCCGUACCAGAGGAUGAUCUGUAUAGCUGCCUUUGCUGUAAGUGGAUAUGCUAGCUCUGGAUACAGGGCAGGUCACAAACCAUUCAACCCAUUACUAGGGGAAACUUACGAGUUAAUCAGGGAUGAUAAGGGCUGGAAAUUUGUGGCAGAACAGGUCAGUCAUCACCCUCCUGUAUCGGCUUGUCAUUGUGAAUCCAAGAAUUUUACUCUUUGGCAAGAUACAAGAAUAAGAACCAAAUUCUGGGGAAAAUCGAUGGAAUUCCAGCCUAUUGGACAUGUGAAUGUCUACUUACCCAAAUAUAAGGAGCAUUAUCAGUGGAACAAAGUGACAACAUGUGUACAUAAUCUCCUGGGGGGUCAGCGCUGGGUGGAUCAGUAUGGGGAAAUGCAGAUCACGAAUGGAGGGAUUACUUGUAAACUCACAUUUAAAAAGGCUUCACAGUUUUCCUCAAGGAGACAUGAAGUAUAUGGGCAGAUAUUGAAUUCUGAAGGAAAGGUUGUUCACAAUUUAUUUGGAAAGUGGAAUGAGGCUUUGUAUUAUGGCCACGCCCCCUCCUCACGCUGUGUAUGGAGGCCAGGGGCCAUGCCAGAUGAUUAUGAGUUGUACUAUGGGUUUACACGAUUUGCAAUAGAACUUAAUGAGCUGAAUAAAGAUGAAGCCAAAUUCCUGCCAAUUACAGACACAAGAUUCAGGCCUGACCAAAGAUUACUUGAGGAAGGUGAUAUUAAAGGUUCUGAAGAGGAGAAAAAGAGAGUAGAGCAGCUGCAGAGGGAUAACCGAAAACUUCGGGAGGAACAAAAGAUCAACCAUGUCCCCCGCUGGUUUAGCAAAAUUGAUGACAGUAGAGACAGUGAUUGUUAUGAAUUCAAUUGUAAAUACUGGGAAAUGAAAAGGGACCCAGGAUUUGACAAACUUUCAUUACCAAGGCUCUGGUGAUUAAAUGACUCCUGAUUGAAAAUUAACUAAUGAAGGAAUUUGUCAUUCAUUGGAUGAGUUUUAAUCUACAGGAUCAUCUUUGGAUUUCUGUUUAUUAGCUUUUUUUGUGAGGAACACUUUAAUGGGCAUUUCAAAUAUGUAUCAAUUUAGAUCUUUUUACAAAUAAUCAGAAUCUCAAGAUCUCAAGUGUCCAUUAUUUUGUUUUUCUUUCAUAUUUAAAAUUGAAUAUAAUGUAUGGAUCAGUAAAAUAUAUAAGGGUGCAAAUUUGAAUUGUCACUUUAAUUUGAAUGAAGAAUAUCUUUCAAUGAUUAAUGCUGUAACUCAGAAUAUUUUAAGUUACAUAUCAUUUGACUGGAUCAGUUCCUUUGUUACUCUUACAAACACAUAUAAUUUAUUGUUAUUUUGUAUUUUGUUAUCUUUAAGAGGAGAAUACAAUUGUGAAUUGUUAGUUAUUUACACUGGUGUUAUUCUCGUGUUAUUUACAUGAUGUUAUUUCAGUGUUAUGCAUUUUACCAUAAUGGUGAACAUACACUGAAAGCAAUGAUUAAAAAUUGAUGCUUCUUUGAAAACUAAUUAUUAUGUUAUCCUCAUAUACCUGUAUAUAUAAGAUAGAGCUGUAAAUCAGUUAUGAUUGUGCAAUAUACAAAGUCUAUUUCAUCAGAGGUAUUUUUAGCACUUUUGUGUUCGUAUUUUUUUUUUAUUUUAGCACACUGAAACCAUCUGUGAUAUUAAGCAUGUCAGAAAAGAGGGCAGAGCUUGAAAGUGUAAUUUGCACUUGUUUGCAGAACAUUCCAAAAAAAAUUCUUCACUUAAUCCUGAUUGUUUUUGAGUCCAUUAUAACCUCAAACUGUGUAUACGUUUUUAUAUAACUACUCCUGUAAGAGACAUGUCUGAAAUGUGGGCUUUUUCUACAUUCAUGACGACUUGUCAUAUCUGUAAUGGAGUUGCAUAAAAGAUCGCAAUGAUAUUUGUGCAAUCCUGUUGAAAUGAAGGAUACUUAACAGCACUAGUACUUGUAUUAAGGUAAAGGAUGCUUUUCAUUUUCAAUGAAAUACUACCAACCUUGAUUAUUUAAAGAGAUUAAAAUUCUAUACUACAUGUAUAAAAAAAAAAAAUAAUUUUUUUUUCUUUAACUCCUAAACAUUUAAUUUUUAGGCCAUUAGUCAUCAAAUCUUUAGAUGUUUAUUAUAUACCACCACAGCAAUUUAAAUGGUUGAUUUUUUUGGUUUUUUUUUUUUAUUUUUAACAUUUGUUUCAUAAUCAACAUGGCUUCAGAAAAUAAUACAUGUAUUUGUACAAGCUUUGCCAAAGGUACAUGUAUAGGUACACACAUAUACACAUGUUGCCAAAAAUUAAUUGAAUUAUCCAAGUAAUCCUUUUGAUUCACCAAAUUCUUUUUUGUCCAUCUCAUUUCCAAAAUGACAUGGUUCUUUGUUUUGCUAAUUUGAUGAUGUGGUAUCAGUUGAAAAUACAAUGCAUGGUAAAGACAAAAAAAACUCUUAAAUGUACAUCAAGAUACCCUGCUACAUGCUAUUUAUAUGUACUAAAUGUUAAUGCUUGCUUACAUAGAUUGGUAACGAAAAAAAUUACAAUGAACAUGGAAGUGUUAAGUCAAAUAUGAUAUUUGGCAGUUUAUCUAGAUCUCUCAUUACAGUUUUUCCUGUAAACACCAUUUUUAUGUCUGGGUCAAUGUAAAUCAGUGUUUAAUCUGCAGGGAUACUUUAAUGGGUGAUACUUAUGUGUGCAAAUGUAGUAGUAGUUUUCACUAGUGCCUGAUUUGUUAAUUUGUUAAAAAUAAUAAUAAAAAUAAUAAUGUUUUAUGACUUCAGGUAAGCUGUAGUAUGAGCAAUAUUUAUCAUUUUCUGAAACCUGUCAAAUUUCAGCAAUUAAUGUUUGUAUGAGGUAAACUUUUAUUCUUAAAUGGAAAUUAAGUCAUUAUGUACCAAAACCUUCAAAAUGUCCAAGUUCUUUUGCUGAAAUAAUUUUGAACACAAACUUUCACAGAGAUGUUCAUGAAAAAUAAUCUUUAACACACAAAUAAUAUGAUCAUUAACACAGAAAAAAAAACUGUGAACACAAUUUGUUCAACUUGAGAUAAGUGUACCUUUAGCAUUAAGUGUAUAAUUUUAUACAUACUUUGUUGAUUGUUAUUAAAAUGAAAUAGUUUUUCCUAGAUAUAAUUUUGCUUGUAAACCAAAGAUUUUUUUUCUUUGCUUGUAAAACUUUGAACCUAUUAAUAUGUAUUUUAAGAAAUAAUGAAAUAUGUAGUUUUAUGAUAAAGUUUCUUGACACACUAAGUACAUGAACAAACAAUGAAAAGCCAUUUUAAUAAAAAAUAUUAUUAUAGUAUUUAUAACUUAAAUGUAAAUGUUAUAUUUUGGUUGAAAAUCCACUUUGUAGGAUAGAAAGAAUUGGUUUAUGAACCUUUGUCAUUUCAGAGGCAGUAAUGAUGUGAUUCAGUUUGAAUUCCUGUGAUUUGAAGUUUUGAGAGAGUUUGCACAAAUGUAAAAUGUUGCCUCAAUAUUGCAUGCUUUUUUUGUUUGCAAAAUGGCACUAUUGAAUUAAAGUUAUGCUUUGACAUCUUUA